UCCAUCCAUCCAUUCAUUCAUCCAUCCAUCCAUCCUUCUGUGUGGCACGUUUCGUGAGCACCUUCUGUAUGCCAAGCAUCAUGCCACAGGGGCUGAAAACGGACUUGGUCGCUGGCCUCCAACACUCGUGCUCUACCGUGCAAGCCAGACAGAAAACAAGAGAUACAAUAAUAAUAUCCGAAAAUGGCAAGUUGUGUGAAGAUAAAGCAAGAUGCUGCAAUAGAAGGGCCCUGGGGAAAGUGGCUAUAGUAGACUGACGGUCUGAGGCGACCCCCCCCCCCCCAGCCAGUGACCUUGAAACUGAAACCUGAAAGAGGAGACAGUCAUUCAAGGAUUGGCGGGGAUGGCACCCAGGAGGCCACUGUGGUUGGAGUUGGGUGGCCCUGCGGGAGAGUGGGAGGAGGCUAGAUGGACAGGGGCCAGGCCAUUUGGGGCAAUGGGGAGCCAUAGAAGAAUAUGGAAGUUGGGAGUGACACCCUGUACUGGAGUUGUAAAUUAGAUAGCUCCCCCUGGCUGCUGCAUGGAGAAUGGCAGUGUAGGGUGGGCCUGACUGCAGAAGGGAAACCAAAAGAAAAGGUGGGGGCUCUGCCCCAGGGCAAGUGGCAUGGGAUCAGUGAGUGACAGUAGAACUGUAAGCUGCCUCCGUGGAACUUGGAGGAGGGACUCCUGGAAGCCUCUGAGGCUUCCUCUCUGUCUUUCCUCUUUUCUAAUCUCCCCCUGAACAGUCUUGGUCUCUCUUCCCUUCCCUCCAGACUCUGUCACUUGUCCCUCUCAUUCCAUUUCAGGCCUGGCCAUUCCCAGGUUCUGAGCCCAGAGAUCCCCUGGGAGGAAGUUAGGGCUGCCUUGGAGAAGGUGAGCAGGAGACAGGCCCUGUAUUUAGCCAGCCGGGUCUGGGAGCCAGACACAGGGAGGGGAAACAGCCAAGGCCUGUAUCUGCCUAGGGCUGACUCUCCUGUCAGUCCCAACCUCCAGGCUCUGCUUCCUCUUUCUGGAAAGCAUGGACCUGCUUUAAGCUCUCUCUGUCUUCAGCAAAGUCCUAGUGGGGAAGAUGAGAAGAGGAAGGCAGUGUGAGCCUCCGUUUCCCCUUCUCUGACUAGAGGAGCUACCCCUCCUUCUGAGGAUGCCCUGAUAGUCUCCUGGGGCUGCAGACAGUGAGUGUGCAGACUACCAAUCUUCCCCCCAGGGAAGAAGACAGACUUUUUGGUCAGUCUCUGGGAUGUGAGGAGUGAACCCAAUUCUCAAUUCUCCAGGAAGCAUCCAUAAAUCUUCCUCUUGGCUGCCAGAGAGGGUUGGUGGCCCCAUGUGUGGGAGGGGUGGAGGGGGUGGCCAUGGGACACACCCUGGGCUUCUUGCCCACCAGCAAGGGUGUUUCCCAGGCCUGCAACGGGCCCUUGAUUCUCAAUCACGAACCCUAGGAGGGGCCCAGUAGGCCAGGGCAGCCUGGGGGCGUCUGGUUGUCGUGACCCUGCGGUUCACACUCUCCCCAGAGACAUGUCCACAGCCUUAACUCUGUCUUCUGAAAGAAGCCGUUGGCCGGUGAAGGACUGCUCACUGGCGCUUCCCUUAGGGCGCCCCCAACUGGGCCAAUCAAAUGCCGAGGACGGGAAGCUCUGGCCAAUUGGCGAAUCGCUCAAUGCCCUGGGAUUGAAAACAAGCCAGUCAGGGCGCCGGCUGUUUCUGCCCCGAAGGUCGGUCCAGUAAGGCCGAGGCCAGGGCCAAGUUAGCUCCCGGCCGGCUGCAGCCUGCAUCGGGCAGAGGGCAUCGGGGCGUCCAGGGCCCGGUCCGUCAGGGGAACAAGGGGCCUCUGUGUGGCGAUCUGGGCGGGGCGGCAGUCUCCGGGGAUGCGCACAAGCCCUUCUCUGUUUCCAAACUAGGACGGAUGCCCCUUUACCCAGGGGGAGCAGCUGCCUCUGUCAGGCCCGGGGCCAGGACGCCCCCUCCGAGGACUGAGAUGGCUGAGUGACCCCGGAAGCCCCCCAUAGUUCCCAGGCUCACUAGGAACCGGCCUAACCAGCCUUUUUCUGGAACGCUCUGACAGCCCCAUGGCCCUGGCUGGCCACUGAGCCCCACCAUGGGCAGCCUGUACUCAGAGUACCUAAGCCCCAGCAAGGUCCUGGAACACUAUAAUUACACCAAGGAGACGCUGGACACUCAGGAGACCACCUCCCGCUGGGUGGCGUUGGUCAUCAUCGUCCUCAUCUGCUUCACCAUCGUGGUGGAGAACCUGAUGGUGCUCAUUGCUGUCGCUCGCAACAGCAAGUUCCACUCGGCCAUGUACCUGUUCCUGGGCAACCUAGCCGCCUCGGACCUGCUGACAGGUGUGGCCUUUGUAGCCAAUACCUUGCUCUCAGGCCCCGUCACGCUGGGGCUGACCCCUUUGGAGUGGUUUGCCCGAGAGGGCUCCGCCUUCAUCACGCUUUCCGCCUCCGUCUUCAGCCUCCUGGCCAUCGCCAUCGAGCGGCACGUGGCCAUCGCCAAGGUCAAGCUCUACGGCAGCGACAAGAGCUGCCGCAUGCUGCUGCUCAUCGUGGCCUCGUGGCUCAUCUCGCUUGUUCUCGGAGGCCUGCCCAUCCUGGGCUGGAACUGCCUGGGCCAUCUCGAGGCCUGUUCCACCGUGCUGCCGCUUUAUACCAAGCACUAUGUGCUCUGCGUGGUGACCAUCUUCUCCGUCAUCUUACUGGCCAUCGUCGCUCUGUACAUCCGCAUCUACUGCGUGGUCCGCUCCAGCCACGUCGACGUGACCGGCCCACAGACGCUGGCCCUGCUCAAGACGGUCACCAUCGUGCUGGGUGUCUUCAUCGUCUGCUGGCUGCCUGCCUUUAGCAUCCUGCUCCUGGACUAUGCCUGUCCCGUCCGGUCCUGCCCCGUCCUCUACAAGGCCCACUACUUCUUUGCCUUUGCCACCCUGAACUCGCUGCUCAACCCCGUCAUCUACACGUGGCGCAGCCGGGACCUGCGGCGGGAGGUACUGCGGCCGCUGCAGUGCUGCCGGCGGGCGGCGGGCGUUCAAGGGCGGCGGGGCGGGACCCCGGGCCAUCGCCUCCUGCCUCUCCGCAGCUCCAGCUCGCUAGAGAGGGGCACACACAUGCCCACGUCGCCCACGUUUCUGGAGGGCAACACGAUGGUCUGAGGGGCAAAGUGGGCCACGAGGCCAUGGCAGAGGGCUCCGUGGAGAGACACCGGGUGACCUUGGACAGAGACGUGGGGUUGCCAAGCAAGAUGCCCCCGCUCCACAGACCUGGGUGGUAUUGAAAAUACUUCACGCCAGGGCUGGCCGGCUGAGACACCAGCCAGUCGGAUGGCAGAGCUGCAGGGUCAGAGGCUAGUGCAGUAACUGGUGUGGCCCCUUCAGAACUGGAUCGUGGGGAGGACUGGGGGACCUGGAAGGGGCCUGGGUGACAGCAGGCAAGCACUCAGGGGGAGCUCAGGGCAGGAGCCACUUAUAACCCCUUACAAGGGAUUUCAACAUUUCAUGACCAUCUGACCCUCUGCCCUGUACAGGGCUCCCCUCUCUGAAUCUAGCCCCCUUGUCACCUCCUGGCAACCUUAGGCCACUUCCCCCAGAACCAUUGCCCCCAGGGGCCGGAGGCCUCCUCCUUGACUGUCCUGGGUGGCCCCGGCUGACAGUUGCAAAGCCCAAAUCCACAGCUUCCCCAAAUGUCACCAGCUGCCACUUUGGCCUCUUCUUCUUUUCUCCUCUCUCUCUCCAUGACAUGCUGGGAAACCAUGGGGUGGAGAGGGGGGGCUGGAUGCCGUUCUCAGACCUCAUCGGCCAAUUGCACUAUUUGGGGCACAGAGGAAUCACCGAGGGCUGGAAAAACUGGUCUGGGGGAGCUGAGGAGCCUCCUGGUGGCUCCUGGUGGGCCUCCUGGUGGGAAAGGGUGGAACUUGAGAAAGUUCUAGGGGAACUGUUUGCACAGGAUUCCCCCCCCCAAAAAAAAAAAGCAAAAACAACCACCCAGAGCUACUCCCACCUCCAGCCCAGCGGAGGUACUGGAUCUCCUGGGGCGGGGCAACCUUGAACCCACUGUGCCUCCUUUCGAGUUGUCUCCUACGGAGGAGCACGGGGGUGGGCAUGCCGAGGACAUUUGUGGGAUGCUCUCCCCUCACCUGCCCCAGAAGGACUUUACUAAAUUCCAUGGAUAGAUGGAAGGGACAUUGCGGUACAAAUGUAUAUUUAUGUGUGUCUGUGUGCGUGUGUGGUAUCUGUGACCCGCUCUCCCCACCAUGUUCCCCCCGAAUGGAUGCUGUUGUCGUCUCGUGUCUAUUUUGAAGCUGCCAAAGAGGGAUCUGGCCCUGCACAGACCCCUUUGUAAUUAAUGGCUCAUCUCCCCACUUGAGAGCUGGGGUACAGCUCUCCUCGGGGAAGGAAACCUCACGCCUCAAAGUGAUUUCUCGUGAAUGCAAAGGCUGGGGAGGGGGUCUUGGGGGGCAAGGAGCCAGUUGGGGGCUUGUCUCCCCUCGUACAGCUCCCCAGAUGCCCCCCAUGCCUGAGAUCCAGGCCCAGGCCAAUAAACGGUUCAAUCUCUCA